GUUUGCUUGGCUGGCGUCGCGAGACCAAAAGAGAGCUCCCAAUGGCUUCUCUCCUCUUCUCCCCUUCUCGUCUUCCCACAUCGCUCUUUUCCACUCUCGCCCUAUUCAUCUAUUCCCCAAAUCCCCACCGCCACCAUUCCCAAUCCCUUUCUUCCAAUAAGACGCCCACGAAGGACCGCGCCCUCAUCGUCUCAUCCGCCCUCGCCGAGUCCAAUUCUUCCAAAUCCCUCGACGGCGGCGGCCGCGGCGAAGGCGGAAGCGACGACGAUGAUCUCCUCCCCCUCCUCCGAGAGCUCUCCGAUUGUCUGCUUCUCCCUCCGGAUUAUCUAUCCAGUCUUCCUCGCGAUCUCCGGCUUGAUUUGAAUGAUGCGGCAUUUGAUCUCUCCAACGGGCCUGUCUUGGAUGACUGUGGUGAGGUGGUGGGCGACUUGCUUCUAAAUCUUUCCAGAGCAUGGGAACAAGCUGACACUUCGACUUCAAAUAGCCUAGCGAGGCAGCUGCCGUCAAUGGAGAGCUUUUUGACAAAAAAUGUCAAAGCAUCACUUGGCAAACGCUUGGUAUCCGCUGCAAGGAGAUUUCAGGCAAUGGGACAGUAUGCUGAUGGAGAGCCACAAAAGAUUGCCACAACAAUGAUUAAAAUUGGAAAGCAGCUAUCUAGAGGUCCAGUGGUUACAGGGGAUGUGGAGCCCAAAAUGGAAACCAGGACCCUGAAGUUUGGUGAAUUGCAGGUUGAGUUGACUUCGAAAAAGGCCUUUAUUGGUGCUGGAAUUGGUUUAGUGUUUGGGAUCCUCUCAUGGCAAAUAAGUCGGGGCAUCGAAAACAUACCAGAAAGCUCCUUAGAAUAUGCCAAUGAUAAUGCAUUGUUACUGGCAAAGUCACUAAGGGGAGCUCUUCUUGCCUUAUUCUAUUCAUCUGCGGCUUUAUCAGUAUUUACUUCAAUAGGGCUUGUUUUGUUAGGAAGACAACUGAGCUCUGAAAGCAAAUGACAGAAAAUGUUGUUGCUUAGAGAUGGUAUUAGUCUCUCACCUCCAAGUGCAUUCUUAGUGAACCAAUAUGUAGGAGUUGUUUGCAAACGCAGGUGGCGAAUCAAACAUGUCUAGGACUUUUAUUGGGUUUAUCAAACUACUGUGGAAUUACUCAAUGUAAGUGGCAAACAUCUGAUAUGUUAUUGGUCACUUCCUCUA